AUGUCUUCCACAAUCCUAAUCCAAUGUGCCAGCGACCUUAUCCAAAAGAUUGCCUCAGAGAUAAAGUCGGAAUAUGGGAUGUGUUCGAUGGCGCCGUCAAUAUACGAUACAGCAUGGCUUGCUAUGGUCGAGAAAAAUACAGAUCAAGGACCCCAAUGGCUGUUCCCUGAGUGUUUUGAAUACCUUCUUGAGCUCCAAAACGCAGACGGCGGGUGGGAUCCCCUAGAGCAGGCCACUAGAACUGCCAAAUACCCAGCCAACAUCUGGCUGCCCGAUUGCAUCAUUCAUUCGCUCGCCGCAUUCCUUGCUCUGUGCCGGCAUAUCCGCCGCGCCAUGCGCGAAGGAGGUAACAUCCCUGGUGAUUCGAUAGCUAGGAUGUUCCGCGCAAAGCAAUUCCUUGAUGUCAAGUUGCACGCCUGGAAGCUUGAUGGAACCACUCACUUUGGAUACGAGUUGCUUGUUCCCGUACUCUUGCGGCUCUUGGGUGAUGAAGGUGUGACUUUCGAUUUUCCGGAAAAGGAGGCCUUGCUUGAGAAAUACAAAAAGUCCUCCGAUAUUGAUCUCAGUUGGCUUUAUAGUGGCCCUUGCAAGGUUCCUCUCUUUUGUUUGGAGGGAUUUCUCGAGAAAAUUGACUUUACUAGGCUGGAGCAUCUUGUUACUACAGCAGGUAUCGCUGCGUCGCCUGCCUCAGCCGCGGCAUAUUUGAUCUAUUCGCCCAAAUGGAAUGAUAAAUGUGAAGCUUACUUACGCCAUGCUAUAUCACAUGGUCAAGGCAAACGAACCGGCGCAGUUGCAGGUAUUCUGACUGCACUCUUGGAAAAUGGAUUCACGGCCGAUAACUUGGGCCGAGACCAGGUGAACAGCAUACUUGAAAUAAUUCAUAGCAAAUUAGAGGAUGGGGUCACCGGAGCCACCGAAGCAUUCUUCCCAGAUGCAGAUGACACCUCGAGGGCCAUUACAAUUUUGAAUAUGCAUGAUUACAAGAUCAGCCCAGCUGCAAUGGCGGAAAAAUUCGAAGUUGAUCAAUGUUUCGAGACAUUCGACACAAGGAUACCUAACCGCGUGAAGAGCGUGAGCGUUAACGGCAAUGUCCUAAACUCUCUCCUUCAUGCCCCAGACCCGAGUGCUUUUAGUCCUCAGAUUGAGAAGAUUGCAAGGUUCAUAUGCGGGAGAUGGCGCACGGAUGGGAAAUUCGAGGAUCACUGGAACCUAUCCGAGUACUAUGGCCUUAUGCAUAUGGCACAGUCGCUAGUACGAGUACUGAUCCUUUGGGAUAAAGGGGGAUUACCCUCAAUACCAGAUGAUUUUGUUCAAAGCAUAAUCCCGUCCUGCUUGAGGGAGGUGACGACACGAAUCCUGCAACAGCAACACCCAGACGGCGCUUGGGGUGAUAUACAUUCAAUGGAAGAAACUGCUUAUUCAAUCAUUGCUCUGGCAAACCUGGGUUCUCAUGCUGCUCUUGGAGAUGACUCCAGUCCCAUCGAAUUGGCAAUCGCACGAGGAAAGCAAUUUUUGUUGGGGAACUGGCAACUGGGAGUCAAGCCGGACCGGAUCUGGACCGGAAAAAUUCUGCAUGGUAUCUCAUAUAUUCAGGAUGCAUAUGUUCUCGCUGCCUUAAAGGUUAGUUGUGCAAAUUUGGCGGGUAAGAGAAGGCAGAAUAAGAAUUAA